ACGUAUUGGCACCGAUACACACAUACAUCACCAACUGAUAUAUAAUACUAGAUUUCUUGCAGUCUAUUAUUAGAGAGAAGAAUUGAGUUGGAAGAACCCAGAAAAAGAAACAAAAAAUAAAUAAAACGAUGUGGUGGCCAUUCAGCAGAAUAGGAUCUUCUGGGUUUUCAUCAUAUUCUACUGCCGAGGAAGUUACUCAUGGAAUCGAUGGAAGUGGUCUCACUGCUAUUGUUACAGGAGCAUCUAGUGGUCUUGGUGCUGAGACUGCUCGUGUCCUUGCUUUGCGUGGUGUCCAUGUGAUUAUGGGGGUGAUAGAUAUGAUUGGUGCAAAAACUAUCAAGGAAGCAAUACUUAAGGAGAUUCCCAUAGCUAAAGUUGAUGUCAUGGAGUUAGAUCUUAGCUCUAUGACAUCUAUUCGGAAUUUUGCAUCAAAUUUCAAUUCAUCUGGUCUUUCAUUGAAUAUUUUGAUAAACAAUGCAGGGAUUUGUGCAGCUCCUUUUGCACUAUCCAAGGAUAACAUUGAACUUCAAUUUGCCAUAAAUUACUUAGGCCACUUUCUUUUAACAAAUAUGUUGUUGGAUACUAUGAAGAAAGCAACAAGUGAAAGUAAGAAACAAGGAAGAAUUAUUAAUGUCUCCUCAAUUGGUUAUCGAUUCACGUAUCGUGAAGGAAUCAUUUUUGACAAAAUUAACGACCAAUCAAGUUACAACAAUUGGUGUGCAUAUGGCCAAUCAAAGCUUGCUAACAUUUUACAUGCCAAUGAACUCGCAAGACGUCUCAAGGAAGAUGGAAUAGAUAUUACUGCUAAUUCUGUUCAUCCAGGAGCCACUGUUUCCACCAAUAUUCACAUUCAUAGUGGUUUAUUAAAUGGUUUACACAAAAUAGCAUGGCUAUUUGGACUCGAGAAGAUAUUGGGAUAUAUGGCAAAAAAUGUGCAGCAAGGAGCAUCAACAACAUGUUAUGUAGCCUUGCACCCACAAGUGAGUGGAAUCAGCGGCAAGUAUUUUGAAGAUAAUAAUCUUGCAGAAGUAUACUCACAUGGAAGGGACAUGAAUUUGGCCAAGAAGUUGUGGGAUUUUAGCAUAAAUUUGACUAAGUAAAAUGCAUAAUGAUAAUUGUCAAUGUAAAUGGAAUACUGUAUUAGAGAAUAAAAAUGCCAAUGAUCAUAUUGUGACUGUUAUUAAGUUAAUCUAUAUGAUGUUACUAUUUUUAAGAGA